UUAUACGACAAAGAAGAAGUGUGUUGUUUACGCCUAAGCUACAUGUAAGAUGGCAGCUGGAGAAAAUACUGGUAGGCCUCCUUGCCUAAACUUCACCGGCCCGGGUCCACUGGGAAACAGCCAACCCAGCAACAGCGUUUUCUCAAUGCCGGCAUCCAAUGGCGGAGCGGUUGGUUCGGCUGGAGGGCCGCAAGGAGCUACUCGGCGCCCCAACCCUCAACUGGGGCCUGGCGGCGUAGACGGCAACGGCGUUUCGACCAACGGAGCUCCACCAACUGCGCAGGGCUCUAUGCAGCCGCCCGCAGCGGCAGGUUCUGCAGCGACAGGAGGCAUGGCCACACCGGCGUCCAAUAUGGCAACUAUUGCGGCGUCAAACGCUACCCCAGCGGCGGCACCCACCGCUACACCGGCAGCUGCGUCCGUGUUGGUGUACCGAGAGCCGGUGUACAACUGGCAGGCAACGAAGAGCACGGUGAAGGAGAGGUUUGCCUUUUUGUUCAACAACGAAGUGCUCAGCGACGUGCACUUCUUGGUGGGCAAAGGAAUGGGAGUUCAGAGGAUACCUGCACACAGGUUCGUUCUGGCGGUGGGAAGUGCAGUGUUUGAUGCCAUGUUCAACGGCGGAAUGGCGACGACGUCAACGGAAAUAGAGCUUCCUGACGUGGAACCAGCUGCUUUUCUGGCUUUGCUAAAGUUUCUGUACUCUGACGAAGUUCAGAUCGGGCCAGAGACCGUCAUGACUACGCUGUAUACUGCCAAAAAGUAUGCCGUCCCAGCCCUGGAGGCGCACUGCGUGGAGUUCCUCAAGAAGAACCUGAGAGCAGACAAUGCGUUCAUGCUCCUCACACAGGCACGUUUGUUUGAUGAACCUCAACUUGCCAGCCUCUGCCUUGAAAACAUCGAUAAGAACACAGGAGACGCUCUCGCAGCCGAAGGCUUCACAGACAUCGACCUUGAUACGCUGGUGGCCGUGUUGGAGAGGGACACCCUAGGCGUGCGGGAGGUGCGUUUGUUUGGAGCUGCUGUGCGUUGGGCUGAGGCGGAGGCCCACAGGCAGCAGCUGCAGCCUACUCCAGAGAACAAGCGCAAAGUGCUGGGCAAGGCCCUAACGCUCAUCCGCUUCCCUCUCAUGACCAUUGAAGAGUUUGCUGCAGUUCCAGCCCAGUCCAGUAUUUUGACUGAUAGAGAGGUGGUGAGCCUCUUCCUCCACUUCACAGUGAACCCUAAACCGCGGGUAGACUUCAUUGAUCGGCCUCGCUGCUGCCUUCGCGGUAAGGAGUGCAGCAUCACACGGUUUGGACAAGUGGAGAGUCGCUGGGGCUACAGUGGCACAAGCGACCGCAUACGGUUCUCAGUAAACAGGAGGAUAUUUGUGGUUGGGUUCGGCUUGUACGGCUCUAUACACGGACCAACAGACUACCAAGUCAACAUACAGAUUAUUCACACUGACAGUAACACUGUACUGGGCCAGAACGAAACAGGCUUCAGCUGCGACGGAUCCGCCAACACCUUCCGAGUCAUGUUUAAAGAACCAGUGGAGAUACUACCCAAUGUUAACUACACUGCCUGUGCGACACUCAAGGGCCCAGACUCUCACUAUGGCACAAAGGGAAUGCGCAAGGUGACACAUGAGUCAUCAACAACGGGCACCAAGACCUGUUUCACGUUCUGCUACGCGGCGGGUAACAACAAUGGCACUUCAGUAGAGGACGGACAGAUCCCUGAGGUCAUCUUCUACACAUAGUCACAUCGUCUUAGACUUUUGCAGCAAUGUUCCAUCAAAUGUGACAGCCUGGAACCAGCUCCUGGAGGCGGGUGAGGGAAGUUCUACAUCUUGGGGCUCAUUGGUCAUAAUACUGUCCCUCCAUACGAUGCACUACUGCUAGCCACAUUGGAAGACAAAUAGCUAUGAGGCAAUGUAGGUAACGUGAUUUGUGGUACAAAAAGUGUGACCUGCUUAAAUUAUUCACAGCAUUAAUAUCUCUGCUGUGUAUUUCCAACAAAAACCUUGACACUGAAUGUUACACAAGAUAAUCAGACCAGCAUUUCACAUCUACACAUCAGUAGUUACCUGUGACUUCCAUCCACCUGCAGAUUUAAAAAGGCGUUACGGAUUCUUGGCAUAUUUGAACAACCUUCUUAUUAACCUUCAGAGUCCCAUACCAACUGUUAUAUCUUGUGUCUUUACUUGGUAUGUAAGUAUCCACAGUGGAGUAAAAAAAGAGGAGAAGGGUCUGCUUAAAUUAUUCACAGCAUUAAGAUCUGCUGUGUGUUGCCAACAAAAAGCUUGACACUGAAUGCUACCAAGAUAAUCAGACCAGCAUUUCACAACUACACAUCAGCAGUCACCUGUGACUUCCAUCCACCUCCAGAUUUAAAAGGCGUUAUGGAUUCCUGGCAUAUUUAAACAACCUUAACUUUUAGAUUCCCAUAUGUUACUACAGUA